AUGGCGGAUUCUCUACUCUCAUCCAUUGCUACCUUUCAUACGACAAAAAUCAUUGUCACUGAUCCAACCAAGUUCUCUUUUAUUGGAUCCAUUCCUGAAGCGAUGCUCGGUCGUAUCUCUACGUCGAGUAACAUUCUCCAACAGUACAGGAAGCGUCCAUCAGCUGGUCCAAGAAAGCUUACGCCAGCCAUGAUUCUCUCUAUUGAAGAGUAUGACAAGCCAGCCAAAAGGGUUAAGAAGCCUGAUGCACAGAAGGAAGGCCCUGCUCAACCGAAGAAGCAGAAGAAGCCUGCUACGAGGCUUAUUCUUCAAUCCACAAGUGAUUUGGAUUCAGAAUAUGUCCCUCCUAAGUAUAAGAACGCUCCUCCAUCAGAAUCUGAGAGCGAAAGCUCUGAUGAAGAGGCUUCGGGCCAAGGUGAUACUCCGCCUCGCUCCCCUACCCCAGAAAUUCCAGUUCGCUCUAAUCCUCCUUCACCUCCACCUGUAACCAUCCCAAUAUCUAUCCCUCCUAUAUCUCCCACUACCACCACUCAAACAUUCACUACAAUUCCUAUCCCCACUCCCAUUUUCACAGAUACCACUACUACCACUACUACCACAAAACCUCACUUUACUGUUCCCAAUCCACCAAGCGAUGAUGAUGACGAUGAGCCUGUUACAAAGUGUCAUCUCAAGGCAGUAAAUGAAAAGCUUGAUCAACUGCUUUCAUCCUCUUCCUCCACUGCUUAUUCUGAAGCUGCAUUGAAGGCCUUGUUCUCCUCUGUCGUUACAAAACACAGUGCCAUUUUAUUUGCUGCAGCCAGUGCAAUCGAAGCCUCUACUUCCCAGUGUCAACGAGCCUCUCUUGCUGUUGAUGCUUCUACUAAGGAGUGCAAGGAAGCGACCGCAAAAGUUGAUAAACUAGUCUCUGAAGCUCAUUUGUUUUUAGAUUCCUUGCAGGCUGCUGUUGCUAAGAACGCUCAAAUUGUCAACGCUUCAGUAGAGAACCUUCAAAGGUCUCUUCAAUAUGAACGCUCAAACCUUGAAGCUACACGCCAAGCCAUUGAAGCAGCCAACGAAACUCUACAUGCUAACGUCAAUGACCGCUUAACUCAACUAGAGGCGGAGUUAGCUGUAGAGAAUCGUAUUAUGGAUGAGCUGGACCGACGCACUGCACAACUUAAAUUGCAAACCCAUAAGUUGUGUACUGCUAAGACUGAGAUUAAUGACCUAAAGUCAGAAAGGGAGAAAAAUAAUAACAGAAAAUAA